GGCGCCCGGCAGUCCGUAGGCGAAGUCCUAACGAGUAGCCGGCGAGCGAGCCGUUUCUCCAAAAAACUUCCCCUCGAUUACAUUGCGCUGAGAUUUCCGUGUCCAUCUUUCGAAUUUUCGGCUCCUCGACCCGCGUGGUUUCUUUACUCGUCGCGUUUUCGCCGUUCGUUUUAUGCUUCCCUCGUAAACUCGCCGUAGGCUGUUUCGUUCGAACUGUUUGGAUAAGUUCGAAGUAAGAGAUCGAACAAGUUAAUCGAUAGUGAGAUUAACUUUUUAUUUUACGAAAUACGUACGAUCGAUUUAUGGGUCGAGGAAGGUAUUCACGAAGUGCGAACAGUGUUUGUAUUGACGAAUAUGGAAAAUUUUGAUGAUAUGUGACGAGAUUCUGUCGAUCGUGCGACAAAAAGUAAAUGACCCGAUUUUCGACUGACAAGUCGUAAGACGGAUGUACCUUGGUGGAAUGUAUCAGUGAGGAACGAUAGGUGUUGUGAUUUCGAAGAGUGUACAAAAUUCACGAUUCGUGAUUCUCGAGACUAGUGAUCGAAUCAAACUCCUCGAAAGGAUCUCGUAUGCGUGUGUCGUCAUCGCGUCAUCGUGCUGGCCUUAACGAGGCGCAGUUAGCGUCGGCAUCGUUAGGGAGCGUGGAACGCGAGUGGACUGGUGCUUCCAAAUCCUCGAAAUUAUCGCCGCGAUUCCUAGCACCCUUGGUGUAUAGUGAGAACAGUGGUUCGUCGUUCGUGUCCACCUCUUCUCGAUAAUUCGUCCUCGCAUCUCGAAGAAGGGAAGCACGUAAACGAUCGUGAGUACGCGAACGUGCUUCCUUAAAGUGAACCUUACGCGCGGAUAUGCGCCGUUAAUGAAAGAAUCUGGCGUGAUUGCUCGAGGAGACGAUCGAAGCGUCCUUUCGUGGCUGGUAGCCGCGAGAAUAGCGAACCAAGCUAACGAAAAAGGGGCAAGUAGAAAGGAGGGAAGAAGAAAUCGAGCAGAGAAGGAUCGGAAGGAGACGAGAGGCACCGCGUCUCAUCUUUAGAAACAGAGAUGAGUUGAGAAUCGACUACGAUGUUGAGUCGUCUUUCGGCCGUGGUGGCCUCCAUUUUGGUUCACCAGCUACACGUUUUGUGUGCCGCCACCUCAUUAGGUGCUAAGCCGUUUCCUGGACUGGAAAACCUGCCGAGGUCGUUCUGGCAUGAGCUCAGUUCGCCUUUUACCGAGGUAUACGAGGUGGAAAGUUUCGCAACAGAGACGGGCGGCACUCCGGAGCCGAGGCCCUUUUUCGAAGAUCCAGAGAGCAACAUUACCGUGCAACUCGGUGCUCAAGUAUAUAUGCACUGUAGAGUACAAAACCUGCAGGAUACGCUUAAGGUGUCGUGGGUUCGCAGACGAGGCGACGAGCUGCACUUGCUCACGAUCGGUUUGGACACGUACGCGAGCGACUCUAGGUUCUCGCUGGCCCUGGAGAAGCCGAAUGAUUGGCGGUUGCUUUUGCGUUCGGCUACCGAACGAGAUGGCGGCGUGUACGAGUGUCAAGUCAGUGCUCAUCCGCCAUUAAUCAGAACUGUCCAUCUCACCGUGUCAGUGCCGAAGGUUGAGAUCGUAGACGAGCACGGUGCCACGGCUGGUGACAAAUUCUACAAAGCGGGCAGCACGAUAGAAUUGAAGUGUGUGGUCAGCAAUAUACCGCAGCCUACCGGAUAUGUUACGUGGCGGCACGGAUCCCGCACGCUGAAUUACGACACUACCCGUGGAGGAAUCAGCGUGAAGACUGACAUGGGCGCCAGCGGCGCGAUAUCCAGGCUCUACAUUGCCAACGCGAAUAAAAAAGACAGCGGGAAUUACAGUUGCGCUUUGGCGGAUGUCGCGGCAGCUACCACGGUCUCCGUCCACGUGUUAAACGGCGAGAAUCCAGCAGCCAUGCAGCACGGUGGUUGCGCGAAUCUUCAGGCGACGUCGUUCGUUCUCAUCGUCAUCACGAUGCUAUUCCCGUCGCUUUUCAGGUGACCGUGAUGUCCUAAUCACUCUCUGGGCCUGCAGUUCGAAUGGUGCUAACUCCCUUCAUUCUCGCGGCAAAUGGAACGCGAGAAAAUUCCGAAGAAUCCGAAGUAAUUGUCUUUCCCGGCCCAUAUGUCGAGCUUCGCAAGGAACGGACGCACUUUCGCAUUCGAAAUCGAUUUUUACACCGAAAGCCGAUAAGCAGCAACCAGCCGAAUCAAUUCCGACUCGUGAUACGAAGAAAGAAGACAGUAAGAAAUCAGCGAAAACUUUCUCCAUGGUAUACGCAGAUUAUUAUAAGACAGAGAGGGAAAGAGAGAGAGAGAGGGAGAAACGUUUGUGCUGAAACCACUGUUUUACACGAGAUGUCGUCAAAGGAUCCGAUUGUUCGACAAAGGACUUUCCUCCCCCUUUCGUUUCGUUUCUUUUUCAAUACAUCGAACUGCAUAAAUGGAAACGCGAAAUUUCCCCGUGACAGACAACGAAGUUUUCCCCUUUAUCGUGAACAUUCGUCGAUCCUGUUUACCGAGCUCAAGGUUCGCCCAUCUCGUCUACCAUAUCGUACGUGAAUUUCCACGAAUAUUUUUGCGUAUGGCGGUUCCAGCGGUUCGCUUUGAACGCUGCACGAUACCAAGAGAGGAUUCUCCAUUGCCUUUUACUCGGUCGAUCUCUUGGUUCGCAUGUAAAAAUUGGAAACGUAUCCUUGUGGGUUCAUACUGCGCACGAACAUUAUCAAAACGAAAUAAAGAUAAAUCGAACGUGAAUUAUCGUGAUUUGAAAUUCGUUCAAGCAGAUUAACAUAUCAAUCUUUUUCUCAGAACGAAAAUCGCGGCUCUUCCCGUUCCUUCCGACGAAUAAUUCUAUUAAAGAAAAGAAAAAAAGAGAAAAGAAAGUGAUUUGACUUGUCGCAGUUGAAACGCCGGGAAUCGAACAGAGUUUAUUUCUUUGAAACUGAAAAAGUUUCGGGAAUAAAUAGCGACCUAGAAUUGUUUAUCCGAAUGGAGCACGCGUGGUACACGAACCGUGCCAAAAACAGACGAGUACGAAUACUUUUUAUCAUUGUCAUUCUAGUUUCAUCGAAUGUAAUUGCAUGUUCCGGUCUCUUUAAUCCUCAACACGGCAUCGUUGCAUUAGCAUAUUUACUUUUCAAGUGUUUUGUUUUGUUUGGUGUUUCUUCUUCGACACGGUAAUAGCUUUUACCGCGUAAAAUAUACAAUGUCAAAUGAAAAUAAAAUAUAUUUUAACGUAAGUUAUCGCGAUCGCUUACGAUCCGCUGAUAACGAUUAAGGGGUUACAGGAAUCGAAGUGUUUUACACAGAAUUUUAUAUUUAAAUACGCUUCGAUUUUAUCCAGAAGCUGAUGAAUUUUUUUACUUUACCAACGAUCAAUUUAACUAUUAAAAUAUUAAACUAUUAAAGUUUGAUUGAGUUCGACAAGUGAACCCAUGUUCAAAGCCUUUGUGGUUCACGCGUUGAAGAGUUUCGCAAAGAGAAUAUUUUCUUCGAUUGCAUUUUUUCCAGCUUGAUCAGGUUCGAACGUAUAUCCAGAGAAAUCGUAAAGCAGAGAGGUUAAACGAAUCAACGCUGGCCGAAUAACUUGGAGAUUAAAUUAGAAACGCGUCUUGCCAAGAUAUUCACCGAGUUGCGAGAAACAUCGCUUCUCGAUUAUUUGCGAAAAUCUCCAGUCGAUAAUUCUGAAUCUCAUCCGAACAUUUCAUAGAGAUUUCAUCCAUUGAAACAGUGAAAAUCAACCGUGAUGCUUCUGAGAUGAUUUUCACAUCUAAAGCACAUCGAUAUUUCUCGUACGCGUUCUACGUUCAUGCGUGAAAAUAAAGGGAAUAGAGUCUCGGUCGAUUGAACAAUUUACGCAGCUCGCCUGUUCCAUUUUGCGGGGGUUUCGCGCGAGUGAAAUGCACAACGGCGGAUUUGGCAAAAAGAAACGCGAACGACAGACGCAAACAUUACGGCGAUGUGUCGUGCAAGUUGAAGCGUGAAAUAAUGGUUGGGCCGUGGGCUCUUGAAAUUAUUACACGAUAUAAAAUACUCGUUUCUACGCGGCGCCAGAAGCGUUGUUCAACCGGCCAGACAAUGACCGUUCAUAAAAUUUCGAAUCACUCGCUUAGCCUCCUCUGUGUUUAUUGCGCGCGACUAUGCAAAUUUGCUUUCACUUCGCUCCGCCGCUACAAAUUUAACACUUUGAUUACCAGACCGUUGCCAGGACAAUCAUUUUUGCAUCGGUCACUGGGCCCCACCACCGACUGGUUAAAUGCGCUUGUAUAAACGCCGGAUAUACGCGAUCGAUCUGUCCAAUUCACGUCAGCCCACUCUAUGACGUACAACCGCGCGUAUUAAUCGCUUUUCUCGCACAUCGCCGAUACCUUUUAUUUUUUUAUCGUUUUCUUUCCUACUCUUUUAGUUUCAUGUACGCUUCUUCGAUGCAUCCGGCGGGGAAAUGGUUGACGCGAGUCGUCGACCCGUCGGCGAUUACGAAAGCCGAUCAUGGGACUUUUACAUCGAUUAGUGGGGAAUCGCGAAGAACGAUCGAUUCCCAUUACUUUCGAUUUGUUUCCGACGCGACAAGUUCGAUCUUAUCGUGUCUUUUAUUCUUUCUAACACGGUCUUUUGUUUUUUAAAGUUAUUUUUCCACAAAUUGCGCAGCUCGCACGAAACUGUACAUCGAAUCGGAGGGUGUUUUUUUACCAUCUUUUUUGUCUUUUUUUUUUUUUUUUUUUGAGCAAUACAACACGCUUCACGCUGGCUCAAAUAUUUUUCCACGCAAAGCUAAACCGAUAUACCCAUACAAAAGCAAAGAGGAAGUUUUAAUUCUGCGCUGUGUUCUACACAUCGACUGUCCCUCUUUCGGAAACGAUCCAA